AGCGAACAGAUAGUAUAUGUAGGAGAGAGGAUGAAGCUACCCUUCAAGAUCAAUAAGAAGUCACUUUGGUAUACAUUGGCACCAAUGUUGGGCGUAACAAUCGUCUGCUUUGGUGCUCUCAAUCACUUCAUGGAGCACAAGUAUGAGCGAUGGGAUAGCAGAAGACUUGGUGACCCAAACAAGAAGUCAUCAUCUCUCGAAGAGGAGUAUGAGAAAAUGUCAAAGAAGGUAGACUUGUCUCACUGGGAGGCAAAGCCUGUGCCUGGAAGCAAGGGAUACGAGAAGUAA